CACUGAGGCCUUCAUGGACAUUGUGCGGCGGCCGGUGCCCGACAACCAGGAGAUCUUUGUGGCGCCCCGCGGCGAGGCGGGCGAGCGGCCGGAGGCGGCGCGGCAGCCGGCGACCAUCGUGGGCAUCUUCGAGCAAUCCGUGUCGCCCUGUUCAUCGAUAUCCUGGAGCUCGCUGCGGAGGUGGAGGAGGUCGCAGCGCUCCCCCACUUCCACCUCCUCGAGAUUCUCCGGAGGGACGAGCGCGACGCAGAGGCGGACGCGCUUGCGCUCGCGUGACGGCUCGUGUCCAUGGCACGCGGACGCGCUCCCGCCGCUGGCGGGCGAGGCCACCGUCCUGCCUGACAAGGUGCGAACGGAGGGCGGCGCAGGGGUGAGCGCCACCGCAGCCGUUUUUGGCGCAUGCGAUGCGGAGGUGGUCGUCGUGAGGUUGCCAGGCUGCGACACGGACGUCGUGUUUUCGCUGCAUGGCCGUGUCGCGGCGGGUGGGGCUGAGGCGCCGCCGCUGGCGGAGCUAGUCGCGACGCUCGAGGUUGUGGAGUGGGGCCUCUUUGGCGGGGAGGGGGAGGAUGAGGAGGGGGGAGGAGGCAGGUUGCUCGGUUCUUGAGAUUGCCCCCUGAAGUGUGCCGAGUCAGAAGCGAGCUCUGUGGGCGGGAGGUCGGAGGAUGUGCACACGCACCGCGGUGUACUCGAGAGAGUUGCUCUCUCCGCUUCUUAAACACGUCAUAC